AUUCAAUUUUAAUACUUCAAGAUGUCUAUGGUUGUAUUUAGAGGUGUUCAUUCAAAAUAUUGGGUCAAUUUCAGGUCACGUGUUUUUUUCUGUUCAUUGCUUUUAUAUAAUUCUAAAUCCAUUUUGAAGUUGGGUCAAAGAUGAGUUCGGUUAUAACGUCGGGUAAUUAAUGGGUUUUUGGAUCUGUUUUGAACACAUCUAAAUAUGUGAUUGUAUAAAAAUAUCUUAUCGUCAAACUUACAUCAUAUGCUUUAGGUUGUAGCUUGGUUACUGUUGGCUGUUGGCUGUGUCAUCAAGCGCGCUUGAGUAGAGUAUAUGCUUUAGUAGUCAUUAGUAAUUUACUAAUUUAGUAUGAUGCUUUUUGUUGCCACGUAAAUUAAAGCUUUAAAAUGGUAGAAGAGCAAGAAGCAGCUCAAAACACACUUCCUAUAGGAGGACAAAAAAGCUAAUGUCCAAACAUUUUGGUCUAUUUUUGUGUUUGAAGUUCUCUUUGGCUUGGAACAUUCCUGGGUAACAUAAUGAAAGCCUAUCUUCCAUGAAUAGCUGUGGGAUAUUCAAUUUGCAGUCUUGCACCAUAUAACAACUUUACACAGGAUAAGGUUAUCCACCUUAGACCAGCGGAAAGAUUUUUGAAAAAUUAAAUUUGGGUGAUCGGUGUAUUUGAAUUUUUAAACUUAUUUAACUCAUUGCUGAGCUAAUUAGUCCAAGGAAGUCAAAAAAUUUAAAUUAGUGCUAAUAAACAGAGAAUUUUUAAAAUACAAUUUCACUUCAAUAUAGCUUGAUCCUGAAAUUCACUCAAAUUCCCAUCAAGUUCAAGAGAUAUCUUUUCUUUGUUUGCUAGGCCCGGUUCGACCUGGAGCCUAAUCCAGUUCAAAUGCGACCCAUUGACGUGGCUAAUAUCGAUGAUUCAUGUAGUCAGCUCAACUCGUUAUAACCAUAAUAUCAUAUACACUAAAAAGAAAAAGUAUUUAGAAACUUAUACAUCAAAUUUAACUUCCAAACAUAAAUCGCAAAUUGUUGCAUGAGACGAAUUAACAAAAGACGUGCCUAAUACAUGAGUUAAAUAGUCCAUCUCAUAUAUAUAUUAUGAGAAUAUAUGCUCCUUAUUUGAAGUCGUCUCACCGUUAAACGGUCUCUCACAUGACCAUAAACAGUAAAAGUAAACGAAGACAUCAUAAAUUCACAAGGUUUUGACUAGGCUUGUGCAAUGGGCCGGAUCCGGGUCGUGCCUAUAAAAUAAGAAAACGGGCCGGGUCCAUCAAGCCCAAUACGACCCGCCAGUUAUCUUUAUCUCUUAUUCCGUCACUUAAUUAUGCAAUUUAAUAUACUGAUUAAGACUAUCAAUGAAAUUAUGAAACAAUAUGUGACAAUCACAAAAGAAAAAAAAUAUUAAAAAAAUUAAAAAAUAAAAAGAUAUCGUUAUCUUGUAAAUUGGAAUCCUGCAGGUUGUCUCUUAACUAAUGUGAAUAGCCUUUCAUCUCUAUAGCUGCUUCCCAUUUCUCUUUCUUCCUUUAUUUUUGGCUUUCCGAGCAAUUUUGAUAACAGUUAACUAAAGUUAUUCCUCUUCUACCAUUUUUUAAUUGAAUUAGCUUUAAAUCCUCUUGUUCUUUCAAAGAUUAUUACACAAAUUGAUUUAACAUUUGAAAAUCAACUCAUCCUCUUGCUUAAAUCGGGAAUUUCUACUGCAUUUUCAAGGAAAAUAUUGAGAUUCAAUUGCUAUUUCAUCAAAGAAUAAACUAUUCUAAUUAAAUUGUGAAGGCCCGUUUAGGACCCGAGUAAAGCUCGUUUUCAACCCGCUCCAUUUACAAUAAAGUAGGCUCCGCUAAUAACCCGACCCAUUUUGGGCCCGACCCUUCAAAAGCCCGUAUAAUAAAGGGUUGGAUCAGGGGGUCCGAUGGGCCCCCAGCCCGUUGCACAGUUCUAGUUUUGACAACAAUGACAAUUUCAAAAGGAGGAAGUUUCAGAAGGAAGUUCCAAUUUGAAUCCACCUCAAUUUAGUCAAAGUCUUAAAUUCCAAAUUGAAAGCAACUGUCAAACUGUUAACUUGUGUACGUAAUUUUACUUUUUGAUUUUCUUACAUAAACACAUGAUAUCAUCAUAAAGACACAACUUAUCAAUUCCAAAAAUCCUUCUUUGAUCACCCAUUAAGUCUUCUCCAAUAUACUUUCUGUUGAUAUUUGUAUUCUUAAUGGUAUUUACGGCUACCAAUCAUUACAUAAUAGUUUUUCUUUUUCUACUACAACAUGCACUUAACCAUAACUAUGUCAAGGCUGAACAGAAAACACCGUGGAUCAGAUCAGGCUACUGGUUGACAGUGAGCCAGUAUCCUGCACCUGACCUUAACUCUGCUCUCUUCACUCACCUCAUUUGUGGUUUCGCGGGUUUAAACUCCACCACCCAUCACCUCUCUAUCCCUCCCGAUCAACUCAAAUACUUUGCUUCAUUCACGUCUACUGUCAAAUGUAACAAUCCUUCUUGGAGACUCGAGAAUAUCACCCGCUUUCUUGGCAAUGAUUUCCAACUCUUCUUCUAGAAGUUCCUUCAUCAACUCCUCCAUUCAAACCGCCUUAUCAUAUGGUUUUAACGGCUUAGACCUCUUCUGUUAGCCUAAAACCUCCUCUGAUUCACUAAACAUGGCAGAAUUGUUCGAUGAAUGGCGGUCUGCUGUAGAUUCUCGUGAUCAGAAGUUAAUCUUAACCUUGGGCAUUCCUUACGUGCCUACUACUACUUCGACUUUUAAUCUCUAUGACUCUAAUAAGAGUCUAACUGUUGCUGAUUUCCCGGUUGGUGCAAUACAGAAGAACUUUGAUUGGGUUCAUAUGGUGUCAUUUGAUUAUUUUGUACCUAAAAAGGACAAAUUCACACACCCUCAUGCUGCUCUGUAUGACCACCAUAAUCCUCAUAUUAAUACCGAUUAUGGGCUUGACCAAUGGAUUAGUAAGGGUCUAGCAGUUAACAAGAUUUUGAUCGGGUUGCCUUACCAUGGGUGGGCAUGGACACUUGUAAACCCGAAAGAUAACAGAGUUGGAGCUGAAGCUUCUGGUCCAGCGACAGAGUUCAGUCCAGAUGGUUCAAUGAGUUACAAAUCCAUCAAGGAUUGUGUGAAGAGUUAUGAGGCAAAGAUUGUGUACAAUUCUGAUUCUGUUGAGAAUUCUUGCUCCUUUGGGUCUGUUUGGGUUGCGUUUGACGAUGUGGAGGUAAUCAGAAGAAAGGUUUCCUAUGCUCGGAAGAAAGGCCUUGGUGGGUAUAGUGUCUUUCAAGUUCUGAAUGAUGAUAACUGGAUCCUUUCUGAGACUGCAGCGGAAAGAGCAGGCGAAAAUCAGCUCAACAAAAGGUUACUUUCAUCUCCUGCCUCAGCUUAAACUGCUAUUUUUAUAAAGCCAAACUGCUUCGCUAUAUCAGUUCUGAUAUGAGAAAUGCUAGAGGCUCCAGUGAUUCACCUGACCUGAAAGUAUUCAGCUAUCAGACUAUUAAAUCGGCCACAAACAACUUUUCAUGGUACAACAAGCUCGGAGAGGGUGGAUAUGGACCAUUGUACAAG